AUGUUGAAGUCGCAAGAUUCGUAUUCUUCUGAAGAAGAAGAUGAUAUGUUGUGUCCCUUGUGCAUGGAAGAGAUUGACAUAUCCGACAAGAACUUUAAGCCAUGCCAAUGUGGUUAUCGAGUUUGCAGAUUUUGCUGGCAUCAUAUUAAGGAAGACUUGAAUGGCCGUUGUCCUGCCUGCAGACGUUUAUAUACUGAAGAAAACGUACAAUGGCGCCCCGUGACAGCAGAAGAGUGGAAAAUGGAUUUACAUCGCAAAAACGAAAGAAAGAAGCGUGAGAAGGAAAGGAAAGAAGUGGAGGCUUCGAAUAGAAAGCAUUUAGCAAACAUUCGUGUUGUCCAAAAGAAUUUGGCCUACGUAAAUGGCCUGUCUCCUAAGAUUGCUAAUGAAGACAACAUCCAUAUCCUUAAAGGUCUUGAUUAUUUUGGUCAGUACGGAAAAAUAAUAAAAAUUGCUAUAAAUAAAAAAGCAGCCGCGAAUUCUGCAAAUGGCCACGUCGGGGUUUACAUUACUUAUCAAAGAAAGGAGGACGCUGCGCGAGCCAUUGCAGCCAUCGACGGUAGUAUAAGUGAUGGAAGGCAUUUGCGUGCUUCCUAUGGAACAACCAAAUACUGCACAUCGUACUUGAGGAAUCAACAAUGCCCGAAUCCGUCUUGCAUGUAUUUGCACGAGCCUGGUGAUGAAGUGGAUAGCUAUACAAAAGAAGACCUUGCUUCGUUGCAGCACAGCCGUAACUUACCAGGCAAAGUGAACGGGAUUGCGACCGCCAAUCACUCUCCUUCUCCUUCCUUACACUUUAAAACUCCUUUGUUGCCGAUUAAUAAACCACUGGUGGACGGCGGCCCUAAUGCCUCUGAUGAACAUCACCAUUCAGGACAACCUUCGGUCCCACAUCCUUCUUCCAAUGUCGCCGCACCUUACUCGUCGGCUGCUGCUGCAAAUGUAACUCCUGGACAUACAACUACCAUCCUUCACCAUGAAGAAUCUUCUGCCCUGCCACCCACUGCUUCUUGGGCGAAGUUAUCUCCUACAGUUUUACAAGAACGACUUCGUGCUGCAGUAAACCAACAGCCUUUAGAUCCCUUGAAGUCACCAUCUCUUUCUUCUCACCUACCGACCGUGCAACAAUUGCGUUCCGUAAAGUUGCCCUCUCAAAAGGAAAAUCGUGCCAGGUGGUUAGAUGUUGCCAUUCGUGACUUAGCCACGCCUUUUAGUCAGACUACUUUUAAUACGAACGGUCUCGGAUUUAGUGACGAUGACCUUGAGAAAAUUAAAUCCUUUCCGCCGUUAUUUGUGUUUAAUGCUCGUUCUGUUAUAAACAAGCAACUGGGACAAGACCUUCAAACAUUGAAUGAAAAUACAGCUCAGAGAGAAAAUGAGCUGGCUCAAGUAAUGCCUCCGCCUGGAUUCUAA